AGAUCUGUUGAUCCAUGCUCCAUGCGAUGCUUGCGAAAAAGAAUGACACCUAGAAAGAUCACCAGGAUACCAGAGUAAAUAAAAUUAGGAAGAAAAUGAAUUUAUUGGAAAAUAUCAAAAUAUUCCUAGGCGACAUUUUCCUUCAUACACUUGGUAAAUAUUGAUAGCAGAAAACCUACAAUAUAUGUUUUCUCUCCUGCCUCAAAGUAGGAGGGGGCACAUAGGGGAUGAGCCCCAUCAUGGAUGGUCCAAUAGAGUCUGGAGCUUCUUUCUGCCCUAAUGUGUUUUCGAGAAAUCUUCAAUUAGUUCAUACUUGAUCUUUUAUUUCAGUGCGUUCUUCAAAUCGGCUCGUUAGCCUUUUCUUUUUUGUACAACCCCUAACCUAUUCAAGAACCCGCUGAUUGCAUUCUUUGCAUAACAAUUGUCAAUGCUAUGACCAGCGCAGUGGCAUAGAAAUUUGGCGCCAAUUCCAUUCAAACAAUUUGACAUCGGGAACACAGUCGACAUUCGUUUCACUGCGUGCAAUACUGAGCAGUCGAUCACCUAACCUGGCUACAGCCUAACUACUUUCGACCUGCCUGCCAACUUGAGAUCAGAUUUUUCCCCGUAAUUGGAAGCUGUGUUAGUAGAGACUCAAAACAAACUGGUCUUGAAAAUCGACUCAGUUGCGUUGUUACGAUGGGUGAGAAGCUAGAUGACUCGCACCAAUCCGUCAAUGAUGACGAGAAGGAUGUCGAUGAACAAGCUACAGGAGCCCUGAACGACAGCGGAAGUGGGAUAGAUGAUGGCAUUCUUGAUAUCUCUGACAGACGCAUUUUAUCCCCUCAACAUAACUUCAAACCUGAUGGAUUCUUCGUACGAGUUCUUAAAGUGAUCUUUUACAUUCCUAUGAAAAUACUCUCAAUCUUCGGGAUCUCUCUCUGGCAGAACAACCUACAAGUUUCUGGUGAUCCUAAAAUCGACAAGAGCCCUCUACGUCCAGCCUCUGCAUCGCCACAAAAGAGAAAGAGGGAUGAUUUGGAUGAAUCACCGAGUCUGAUGGAUGACGAUGAAGAGGAGGAUGACGGUCAAGAAGAAGAGAAGAAAAAGGAUAUGUUAAAAAUUUUGGAGGAGGCUGUAGAAGGAUACGAAUCUGGAGAGGAUAAGGAUUUUAAGCCGGAGGAUCAGAGUUCGUGUAGUGAGGAGUAUACUGAGGGUGAUACUGAGACAGAUCUUUCAAAGCUUAGCAUUGAAGAUGUGUCAGAGCCUCGUCCAUCCGCCUAUAGGAACAUGACUGAGAUAGAUCAAGAUGAUGUUAAAAACAAGGAAAAGAAACAGGUCCAUGAUGCCGUUACCAUACCAACUAAGUGUAUUGAUGAACCAAUCUCGAAGCCAGAAUUGACCCCUGCUACCGUGGGUGUGGUAGGGUAAGGUGAACCACACCAACACUCGCUAUGGACUCCUUAAACCAAACUCCAACUGUUCAACUCAAAGUAAAGGUGCACGGAUGCUUUGAAAUUGUGCCUUCUUAUAUAAUUUAAUAUUAUAUUAGAUAGGAAGAUAAACAAUGUUCCGUAAUUAGAUUUAUACAAUGCUUUUCGACGACUUUCAAACUGUGUCAGAGAUUUAAUGAAUUAUGAGUCACUAGAUCUUGUUACCGACUAUCCAAAUUAUCAAGUUGUUUUUUUACUUUAUAGGCCUACUAUAUACAUCUUCAUGUAAACUAGAGGGCAAGUCGGAAUCUUAACCAUAUUUUUAACAACA